AAUGUUGAAUCUUGUCAAACCCCAGACUGCUGAUUUUGGGAAGUACGUGAAUCUACAUGGCUAAAGCCGCUUUCCGAAUUUCAGUAUCCAGGUUAAGGUAUUGUGACGUUGCACAGUUUCCAAACUCGCGGGAAUGUUGAAUCGCUGAGGAUGAAGGUCCAUCCAAUUGUUUCAUUCUUUGGAUUUACUGCUUUACUCUAUCACGUUCAGUGUGGGACUGAAAAAAACCUCCCUACCAAUUUACUAUGUUCGGACAACAGUUGCAUUAAUAGCAUAACUACUGGAAAGCUAAUUAAAGACAUUUUUCUGGCGAGCGAUAAACCAGUACCAAAAAAUACUAUUGUCGAUAUUAUAGCAAAAAGUGCGGAUGGUGACAAUUCUAUGGUUAAAGUAAAGUUAAAUGGAGAAUUCUUCUACAUCGACUCUAGUUUCGUGCAUGAGAAAGAACCUUUUAACCCACAAAAGCUUUUGUUGGUUAAGAAUGGUGAUAAACCUAUAAACCCAUCAACUCCUGGCUUUUCUAAUGAGUUCAAAAAUAUUAUUGAUUCAAAACAUGACCUUCAAAACGACUUAGGUAAGUCAAAACUUUCUGAUUAUGUGGAUGAAAAAGUUAAGAAUCUAAACAGUGAUUCACUUCGUGAUAUUCCCCAGCAAAAUCGGAUGGAAGACGUCAAUUCAGAAUACUCGGAUAAGGUAAAAAUCGAGUCAGACGGAAAAAGAAAUGAGCAUUCGAGUUAUGAUUCUGUGCAGCUUAGUAAAACUAGUCAACAGUUACCGAAUGCACCAAAUCCUGAAAAAAUACCCCAUGGCCAGUUAUCGCCAAAUAAAAACAUGAAUAGAGUCAUUGAAGAUAAAUCUGCUUAUCUCAUAGAUCAUAAAAAAUCUGUUAGAAAAGCCGCACAGAAAAUAGAUUCUUAUGGAGUCGAUGAGGGUAUUAAAUUUGAGGAAGACGAUGAUGCAGAAGAUGAUGAAUCGUACGACGAUGCUUCACAAGAGGAUAUUCCUCACUCGAUAUCCUCUACUUCCAUUAAACAGGAUACCACUGAAUCUACUUUCAAAACAUACAGUAAGUCAGAUGAUGCCAGCUCAACUAUUGAAAAAAGUCGAAGUUCUGAUGUCAAAAAAAUGUCUUCAUUGAAUAGUGAACACCGAAAUUUUACGGAAACUGAUUUUGAUGAUCAAAAUCUAUUCAACCAAAAUGAUAACCAACAGAAUUCUUCUGAAUCCCAAUCAGAUUUUCAAUCUACCCGUGAUAUGAUAAAUAAAAAUGCUCAGGAACACAGAAGUAUCGUAGAUGAAAGAUGGGUAGUGAAAGAUAAACCUCAGAGAAAUACUGAAAACACCAAAAGCCAAAAACCAUUAGCUCCUUCACUUUCCAACACAGCUGCUUCAUCGAGUAUUAGUUCCCCUCCAAUAGCUGUGUCACGUGGUGGUGAUAUUCAGCCAGAGAAGGCACCUUCGAGUACAGUUGAGAAGCCAGAGUCGUUAGCAGCGAAUCCUUCGGUUGUUGGAGUUGGUGAGGAGGUUGUCCCUGGAGGUCAUAAUGUUCCACCAGUAGGUGUAUCACAUGGUGGUGAUAUUCAGCCAGAGAAGGCACCUUCGAGUACAGUUGAGAAGCCAGAGUCGUUAGCAGCGAAUCCUUCGGUUGUUGGAGUUGGUGAGGAGGUUGUCCCUGGAGGUCAUAAUGUUCCACCAGUAGGUGUAUCACAUGGUGGUGAUAUUCAGCCAGAGAAGGCACCUUCGAGUACAGUUGAGAAGCCAGAGUCGUUAGCAGCGAAUCCUUCGGUUGUUGGAGUUGGUGAGGAGGUUGUCCCUGGAGGUCAUAAUGUUCCACCAGUAGGUGUAUCACAUGGUGGUGAUAUUCAGCCAGAGAAGGCACCUUCGAGUACAGUUGAGAAGCCAGAGUCGUUAGCAGCGAAUCCUUCGGUUGUUGGAGUUGGUGAGGAGGUUGUCCCUGGAGGUCAUAAUGUUCCACCAGUAGGUGUAUCACAUGGUGGUGAUAUUCAGUCAGAGAAGGCACCUUCGAGUACAGUUGAGAAGCCAGAGUCGUUAGCAGCAAAUCCUUCGGUUGUUGGAGUUGGUGAGGAGGUUAUCCCUGGAGGUCAUAAUGUUCCACCAGUAGGUGUAUCACAUGGUGGUGGUAUUCAGUCAGAGAAGGCACCUUCGAGUACAGUUGAGAAGCCAGAGUCGUUAGCAGCGAAUCCUUCGGUUGUUGGAGUUGGUGAGGAGGUUGUCCCUGGAGGUCAUAAUGUUCCACCAGUAGGUGUAUCACAUGGUGGUGAUAUUCAGCCAGAGAAGGCACCUUCGAGUACAGUUGAGAAGCCAGAGUCGUUAGCAGCGAAUCCUUCGGUUGUUGGAGUUGGUGAGGAGGUUGUCCCUGGAGGUCAUAAUGUUCCACCAGUAGGUGUGUCACAUGGUGGUGGUAUUCAGUCAGAGAAGGCACCUUCGAAUACGGUUGAGAUGGUGCAGCCAUCAUCACGGAAUCUUCGAGUUGAAGUUGACAGUGUCGUCGAAUUCGAUGCUAAGUUAUUAGCCACGCAUGCCGUGUCUGCUGCAGAUGGGGAAUCAGACGAUAAAUAUUCCGACAAUUUAACUCGACGUAGUCAUUUAGUUAUAGGCAAUAACUUGAGCAUUGAUUUUGAAAGAGGGACUGUAUUUCCAGAUUCAACUAACUCUAGUGAUCCAGUUUUCAUACAACAGGUAACUAAAAGCCAACCCUUGUUUGAAUCCCACAUUUUUCCUGUUCACAUUGGAUUAGUACAGUGUAUAUACUGGGCGGCUAAUGCUAGUAUUGUUGAAGGUGAUCAUGAUUCUGUUAAGUCACCUCUUUCACGUCUGUUAAUUCAUGGAAUAAUGUAUCUUUUUACAACUGCGAAUCUUUGCUUACGGUAUUUUCCGCAAAACAUUGUUUCUAGUUUAAAUCAUCUACUUCUUGCAACAUUUUCGAUACCGAUAAAUUUCGUUAUCGCUUGGAUAAUACUUAUUACUCACUUGGUCUUCAUAUGGAAUCUGGGAAGGUGUAUAAACUUUCUGUUUUCUAAGUAUAUUUCAUCUCAAAAAUUCACAUCUCCAUCCCUUGUUGAAUAUUUAAAACUUGAAGAGUAUAGUAUUCAGUUAGCAAGUCAACUUUCAGAUGUUGAAGAAUCUAACUCGCAUUUAUCUAAAUGGGCUAAUUCACUUUCAAAUAAACUUCAAAAUCUACAAGAGGAAUAUGCAUCUAAGGUAUCUGAGAUUACUUUGUCAGCUGAUGAUUCUCGUGAAUCAUUCAUACGUGUUCAGUCUGAAUUGAAUCACUUGAAAGAUGCUCACAAUUUAUUGGAACGAAAUUUGCGUUCAAAAUUAAAUGAUAAAGAAGAAGUAAUCCGUGGAUUAAACGCCGAAGUGAAUCAUCUUAAGCAAGUAAAUUCCGAAAAUGAAGAGAAUUGGAAAAAUAAAUUUUCAGAAGUUGAAGAAAGUAAUCGUAAAUCAAUCGAAGAACUAAAAGAUGAACAAGAACAGUUGUAUUCCCAAGCUAAUGUUUAUUAUAACCGAAUGAAGACAAUGCAAUCAGAGGUAGACAAAAUUCUGGAAUCCAGAAAACUAUCUGAAGAAAAGCUAAUUGCUAAAGAAGCAGAAUUCCAAAGUUUACUCACCACUUUUAAUACACUUAAAGGUCUUGAGGUGAUUUUUGAUCAAGAAUCUUCUUUAAAGCAUCAAAUCGAUGUUACAGAAGAAUGCGAAGUAAAUAUCACAGACAAUCUAUCUCAGACUAGUUGUGUGUCAGAAGAUAUAGUAGAUCUAGGUAAAUCAAACACUGUUUCUGAAAGUGGUGUAUCUGAUUCUAAUGACGAAGUUGCUAACAAAACAGAGAAAUCUAGAUUACGUGAACAAUUGUCAUUUUUCUUGGAUGUUGGUCGUUUACACGCCCAAAUCAGACUUAAGGAUGAGCAAAUAAGAACUGAAGAAGCUAAGGCGAAAAAUGAAUACAACCUUAGGAUUGAGAUUGAAUCUAAGUUGGAGGAAAUAGAAAGGGAAAAUUCAAUUUUGAAAGCAAAUCACACUCAACUUGAACAAGAAAGAAAUACAGCCCAAACGAAGCUGGACAUUUUAUCAGGAUACUUCAAAGAACGAGAACUGGAACUACAGAGGGAUCUAGGAAAGCAUGUUGUAGUUGGUUCUGAGUCUUCAGAAGCUCUGAUGCAUAUUAGAAAGCGUAAUCAAGAACUUGAAGCAGAAGUGAAAGUAUUGCGAGAGCAGAUGUCAGCUUUACGUCGAGAACUGGCGGAGACUGAGCGCACUAGUAGGCGUCAAAUAUCGGAACUAGAUAAGCGUUCUCAUGAAAAUUGGUUAGCAGCUCGUGCUUCUGACCAUCAAAUUCAAGAGCUCCGUGAAGAAAAUGCAAGCCUUCGACAAAAACUCAUUGAGUCAGAAAACAGUGUUUUGCGAUCUUCAAUGCUCCUUUUCCCUGAGAAACCAGGUUCUUCUGAAAAACUUAUGAAUGUUUUCCCAAGGCCCAUAAUACCACCUGGUUUCCUAAAAAAUGCAAACUUAAGAGAUACGAAUUCGCAGUCAAGACAGUCGUUAACAAGUUUGUCUUCACAGCGAUCAGCAGUGGAAGGCAAUCCAUUUCCAUUCAUUCCGCCGCCACCACCACCCCCACCUGGAAUUAUGCCUUUCCCUGGUGGGAUGAAAGGUGACCGCAGACCACCCCCACCUCUUUUACCAGGAUUCCCUUCAGUACAAGUACCUUUCCCUCCAGGUUUUCUACCUCCACCUCCAUUCCCACCUGUCAUAAAAUCUAAUACCGAUCAGAAUAAACAGAAUAAUUCUCCUUCUUCCGUAAGUGGUUCACUAAAGUGAAUGGAAAUCUUUCAUGAUGCUGCUACGUUCAAUAACACUUUUAUAUGCAUUUGAAUUCUUUUCCCAUCAUUUAUCAAUUGUUUCAGUGAGGUGUUUCUGUGUAGUCUAUUUCGGACUAGAUGAUAAUGUGAUAUUUUCUCCAUUGUCGUUCAUUAGACACUGUAAAGAUAGCAUAAUUUAACUUUCAUGUAUAUCGUAUGUGGUACUGUGAAAUAUUGGUUUGGUCAGUAUGGAAAUUAAAAUGUAUUCUAUUUUGGUGUUGACUUGGUGUGGUAACUUCUCUUUUUAGUCGUAACUUCAUCUGUUUUUUGUUUUGUUUAUGUUUUAUGAUUAUUUUCAUUAACAUUGAGUUGAAUAAAACGUGCGAGAUGUGCUGGAAAAGUAUUUAUUUUGAUUAUUUUACUGUUCAUUAUAAUGACCUUUUCGUUCAUUGUAUUGUUAGAUUGAGUUUUUGUUGAUAAUAAUCUAGGCUUUUACGUUUUUA